AUGGCUGAAAAGGGUGAACUGAGUAACCCCGAGGAUCUUGAAAAUUGCCUGAAUCUUCCGGGCUGGUACCAAACGAUCGAUGAUAAACUUACCAAGAACAACUAUCAUGUUGACGAGUUUAAAAGGCGAGUGCAGCUUGUAGUCUCCCUAGGGGAUAAAGACCUUUUCUUUGAGACGUUCUUCAAAGGUAAAUUCGAUCUUGAUGCCAUUGAAAACGAGAUUCACGAGCUGGAUGAAGACUUGCAUGUUGAAGGAGGAGAUAUAGCAGACGUGAUCAACCAGGAAGCCCGUAGAUUGGAGGCGCUGCGCGUACGUGCUGCUAACGGAGAUGGAGAGUUACCAAUAAGCAUAUUUUUUUCGCAAGGAAACGAAAACUUCAACAACUUUAUUGGCAGGGGUUUUGCUAGACUCGGCGGCUUUGAAGAAGGCUGGGUUAUUCACGCUGGCCUCGACGUUGGAGGUUUGAGGGUAGAGUGGGGCGUAGGUCCUUGUUCACCAUCUCUUGUGUUUCCUCGCAGCAGCACGCGCGCAAUCCUGGCCAAGAUUAUAGUGGAGAAACAAUCCCUAUUUCAACGAUUUGUUGAGGGUAUUCGCCAUCCCAUCUCGACCUUGAUCGAGUGGUAUUAUCGUCUCAGAGAAUUCUUUCUUCAUAUUCUUGGUCAUGCCAAUCAAACCUCGCUUUAUAAAAUUGCUGAAGUAUGCACCAGUUACAACCGAAGUAAAUUCUGGGGCCCGGUCGACUGCAACUGCCAGAAGUUUGUUAUAGAUGUUCUCAAGACCUUGAACCUCAAAUUUUCUCCAGAGGGCGAAAUGAAAGCUUUCAUCGAUCGCAUCAACCAAGGUGACUACGAUCUGAGCAUUUCUGAUCCCGACGGUCUGCAAACCGUCUUUAACAGCGUCCUUGAACUCGAUGGAUUCGCUGAGGAUCAUUGGAACCACUUGCCUCCUAGGUCAAAGUACCUUUUAUGCACUUACAACAGCAUAUGCUCUGAACGAGCUCAAAAUCACACGAGAGUUCAUGGCAGGGAUGCAGCUACCACUGAGAGUCCUUGGAUACGUUCCGCUAGCAACAGGAGAGAGGUUGAUCAGGUCUGGAGGAGCCGCGUGCAGGAAGUUAUUCGCGUUAUCAAGAACUAA